AGGGGAUUUAAGAGAGGGAGGGUGCAUGGCGAAGCCCCAAACGUGAUGUCUCUUAUGUUGCCAAGGCAAGAGAGAUUGCUCAAUGGUUGAUAGCCAAGGCAGAAGAUGCGUUGGUGAUCAGAGGAGUGGAGUAUCGCAUGUUGUUCAAGCCAUGGAUGACCAGGGCUGAGCUGGCCGCGCAACGACGUCAAGAGGACGAGACGAAGUUCUGGGUCGUAGCCUUGAGGGUGCCGCUAAGAGCAAUGUUCCAUAUUGGGGACCUGUUGGCACAAGCAAUGGGGCCAAUUAUUCACCGCCAUCCUCCGGAGCCUGAUCCGUCACGACCAAAAUUAAUGAAUCUAAAAUUUGACCUCGCGAGAGAGGCGGAAGAGCGGUUCGAAGAGAAGCUCCCGAUGAAGUUGGAAGAUGGCGAGAUGUAUGAAGUCCAAUUGGUGUGCAAAGCUACUCCGUGGUGUACUCGGUGUAGAUGGUGGUUCCACACGGAGAACGAGGGUUGUCCAAGGGCAGAGGAAGUGGGGGACGAAGGUCGAGAAACUUCAAAUAACAACAGCCAAAGACAGCAGAGAGGGGAGGUAAUCUUCGACAGGAACAUACGAGAUGCCGCUAGAGAUCCUCGAAUCGACAAUCCAGCAGGAGGCGAAUCGAGCAGGGCAGGCGAAAGGAGACAAGUACGGGAACUACCACCUGCGGGUCGUCAGGAGGAACGGGUCCUCCACCAAGCAGGCGGUCAACCUCCCUGGAUUCAACAACCUAUGCAGGGGCAAGCAAAUCUAGGAGGGUCAGCGUACCCAGGCCAGUUAGUGAAUCAAGGAGCGGCUUUGGGUCCGGGGGGAACAGCGGUAGGAGGGAGUGAUCCGUAUUUAAUGGCGACACAGUGGAACCAGAUGUGGCAACAACCACAAGUGGGAGAGAACCUGCAAGGGGGUUGGAUAAACUCUGGCUUGCCAGGGUACCAAUUCCCCGUCCAGCGGCCGAGACCUAUGCCCUGGAACUAUGGAAUGGGCGGCUCCUGGACUCCGGGGGCAGCCCCGAUACGACCGGAAGUAAGAAGAGGGGAUUGGGGUCAAGAAGAACGGGUGGUGGUAGUGGACGGAUCAGAAGAUCGAGUGUCGCGGCAAGUGCCAGGAGAACAUCCUAGCUCAUCUAACGCCCAGAAUGAACUUGCACAGGGGGAGGACAGAGAAUUGGAAGAAAAACGUACCUCGAUUUCGGACGGGGUCCGAACUCAUGAUGCGGAUGACCUGCAAUUCGAGGAAAAACUGUUGCUUCCACUCAUUUGUACCUUGCUGGGCCAAGAAGCCUUUAUUCUGGGCCUGAUCAAUCGAGCAGGGCAAACGGUGUUGCCCUCAACAUCAUUCAGGGGAAUUCCUUCCCCAGAGAUGAUUGAGGCGAAGGUUAGACAACUGUAUGCUGAUCGCUUCUGCUUCCGGUUAUUCCCGGAGGAGAUCAUGCCUAAGAAUAUGGUGGAAUCCCCAGGAGGUAAACGGUACAAAUUCUACAUCCCACUAAUUGAUGCUCGAAUCCCAGUCCCACAUUGGGCUGGACUUCCAGCGGUAGGUCUGACCUGCAUGCCGCUACGCAUUUUGCUGGGGGACUCGAACAUGGAAUUGGAAGAUGUAGUUGCGAAACCAGGGUUAGCUGCGACAUUUAUGAGGGGCAUGAACGAACGAAUGCCAUUGGACAAAAAUCUGGAGUCUGGCUUCAUUCAACAAGUGUUAGCUGAAGAGUGGCAACGAGCGAGUCCACAGGCAAGUCAGCACAAAACGCAGGCAGAUGGAGGGCGGAUCCAAGAAGUGACCGCAGACAACAUCACCCCACAUGGGGAGAAUUAGAAUAGGCACAUGGAAUGUGAAGGGCCUGGGGGACAGGGGAGGCAGACGGAAAGGUCGACGCCUGAAACAGUGGAUUCACGACAAGAAUAUUGACAUUGCUCUAGUGCAAGAAAUGAAACUAUCAGAGGCAA